CCGACAUACUGGGACCAGUUGUCGUGAGAACGUCGCAACUGUUCUGUUCUGUGUAGCUACGUUGUCUAGUCUCUGUCUACACCAGAAAGUCUCCAACCACUGUGCGUAUAGCUACGUUGUCUAGACUCAUCAAACCAGGGAUGGGGACUCCUAGAGGGUUCGCCAUUUUGGGAAUCGUAUUAAGUCUGACGUGCCUUGCUAGCGGACAGAAGUUCAACUGUUCGCCGUCACUGCCGACGGAGAGCGUCUACGGCUUCACCGUGCCUGACGUGUACCAGAGUAAAAACAUAUCUCUAGGGGAGUACAAGGGCAAGGUGUUGCUCGUGGCCAAUGUGGCGACCUACUGAGGGUUAACAGUCACCCACUACAGCGGACUGAAUGCACUACAGUCUAUGUUCCAAGGCAAGGGAUUCCAAGUUCUCGGAUUUCCGUGCGACCAAUUCGGACAGCAAGAGCCAGGUGAUACUGGUGAUGAGAUCAUGAAUGGUGUCAAGUACGUGAGGCCAGGUAACGGCUUCGUCCCCAACUUCCAGAUGUUUAACAAGUUAGACGUCAACGGUGACAAUGAACAUCCUCUCUACACCUACCUCAAGAAAUACUGCCCCCAGACGUCUAACAUGUUCCGGCCUCGUAUCAACUAUUCGCCAAUCAAAGUAGGUGACGUCAUCUGGAACUUUGAAAGUUUUCUCAUCAGCAGGGAGGGACAGACAGUGAAACGCUUCUACCCAGAAGUCGACCCGCUCCAACUACAGGACGACAUUAAACACGAACUGGGUGGAUAGAGUCAGGGAGACCCUUCACAGUGUUCACACCAUCACUCACAGCUGAGACGUAAUGACAGACAAUAAUCACGUGGUAUUGAAAGAAACACUUGAUAUUUCGCAACACAAACGUAUUUAAAACACAUAUAUUGGUAUCGGGUGCAACAUACCAUAACUUUAGAUCACGCAUGUAAUAAAUAUUAUGACAAGUUCACUGAAAAUAGCUGAUUGGCUACUAGUGUGCUUCGAAUGGUUUCUGACGUCAUAAGGGCUUAGUGCAUUCGCUUCUAUGACAGAAGAGCUACUUUAUGAACACGCGUGAAAUAAACUUUUGUAUGUAUGCAUGGAUGAAAUAAAGACUUUAAAUUUU